CAACACACCCUGGACAACAACCUCUGAGGAAAUAAGCAAAGAAACCCUUCCUUUUUCCCUUAAAGACAGAGGACAGCUCUCUAAAUAAAGGAUUACUCUUCAAAAACAAAACCUUUUCCUUCAACUUCUGUAAAGAAAAGAGGAAGAGGAUGGAUCUGGGCGGCAUCGUGUCUCUGCUGGCACUCCUCUCCCUGAAUAAGGUGAUCAAGCUUUAUUGUUUCCACCCCUGUUUCAAUAACAAAGCCAUGGCAGAAAAAGUCUGCACAAACACAGGGGAGUGGGGACGACACCCAGAGAGCAACAGAACGUGGACAGACUUCAAUAGCUGCCAGUUUAAUAAUACCGACCGGACGCCUGCAACAAUGACCCACUUCUACUUGACCAUGAUUGGCCAUGGCCUAUCACUCAUUUCACUCCUCAUUUCAUUAGGAAUAUUCUUCUAUUUUAAAACUUUGAGCUGCGAGAGAAUAACUCUUCACAAAAAUCUCUUCCUUUCUUUCGUCCUAAACUCGGUGAUAACUGUGACGUGGCUAUGUGAAGUAAGGAAGGACUCGCUUAGUAAUCAGGUGAAUUUCUUUUUCCUUCUGAACAUAAUUCGGGUUAUCAUCACCAAACUGCGAGUCACCCAUCAGGCUGAAUCAAGCCUCUACAUGAGGGCUGUGAGGGCCACUCUCAUCCUCAUCCCCCUACUGGGCAUCCAGUACGUCCUCCUUGGGUACAAACCUCUGGAUCCCUGGAUUAUUGAGAUCUAUCUAUACAUCAUGAACAUCGCCAUGCAUUACCAGGGACUCCUGGUUUCUACGAUAUUCUGCUUCUUCAAUGGGGAGGUUCAGACUGUUCUCCGGAGACAGUGGAAUCUACUGCGGAUGCAAUCUGCAGGCACUUUUGCCAACCGCUCAGCCUAUUAUGUGGCGUCGUCACUCACUGAAGUCCACCGCUGCUACAGCAUCGAAAGCCACACAGACCACAUAAACGGCAAGAGUUGCUCGGACAUAUUCAGAUCGGAAAGCCCGUAUGUUUAAAGAAACUCUCCGAAGGAAGGAGGUUUCUUUGACUUCUGGACCGGUUAAGGUUGACAUUUUCGGAACUGUCUGGAAGACUGAACUGUCAGACAUGAGGAACACAGAAAAUGACAUCACCAGAAGGAAUCUACUCAUUUUUUCAUCAUGUGAAAACCACGAGAAACAGCAUCGUCAAAGUCAACCAUGCUCUGGCUUACUUCAUCAAAGUGAUGCACAGCAGCAAUCCACAAACUCGUAUGACUUCACAAGAACAUGGUGUACAGGAAGUUGUGAUGAAAUGAACACUAUCAGGUUGUUUUAAGAUCAAAGUAGUGAAAUGAUUAUAAAGGGAAGGGAAAUAAAGUAAAGUGUUUGGAAUAUCUAUUUUACGUAUUUUAUCAGACUUGAUCAAAUUGUAUUAGAGAUUGCAAAUUUGCAAAUAAGGGUGCAUGAAUCAGCAACAUCAGGGCAAAAACAGUGAUUAUGUGUAACUAAUAUAAGUGAACUGUCCUAAAAUAGGAACAUUUUUCAAACAAUGAAGAGAUUAAAUUGUGUUAAAAUAUGUUUCCUCAUGUUAGUCUUUCUUUUUUCUGUAUUAAUAGCUGUGUUUUUCAUUGCAUGUACAAAGAUGAACUGAAGCUGUAGUUCAGCUAAAUUCUGUUUAGGUACAAGCACAAGCUUUAUCGCAUUGGGUUAGGCUCACUGUUUGUAUUUUAUCCAUUUGAUCUACUAUAUUUUGUUUCCAUUUGGAUCUAAAAUGCUGGAUAAAUGACCGGAGCGGGAGGUGAGUAUAUAUGUAAACAUGCAUGCCGUAUAUUGAAGCCUGUAGUAUGUAUUUGUACAGUGUAUUGAAACACAUUCUUGCAGAUAAUGCUGUUUUUGUGAAUAAUAUAGAGACGGAUCCCACCAGUAUUUUAGUAUUCUGUUUGCUAUUCCAAGAAAAUAAUUUUAUAUGCUAGAUUGGCUAUUUUAGUAGUUUUUCCUCGAUUCAAAUCUGUAUUCUUGUUUUCUAUACGGUCCAUAAAGCAGAAGCUGGAUGGAGACCACAGUUAAAGAUGUGCAGACUUAAUUAAAGUAGCAUUGGUAGUCGAAACUGGGGAUGCUAAAUCUAGCAAUGAAAGCUAAUCUCAAUGUAUUUCUUUGCAUUUUACAUGGUUAAAAAUAUAACAAUUCAUGUUAAAAAAUGGGGAGAGUACUGUUUUACGAAAUACAGUUAGAAGUGCCAAUAAAAAGUUUAUUCCAGCAAAUCAUGUAAAUAUUUGUCCAUAGAGAAGCCAUAUUGAAUCUGAAGUUGGACCAGCUAAAAGGUUUUGCAAGUCAGAAUUCCAAAGUCUUGAAUA